ACACAACUAUCCCUCCCGCAACACACUCCAAAACAAAAUGGCUUCCCAAAGAGCAAUGUUGAAAAACGCUCUCAUCCUUUUUCUCUUCACCUUAACCAUUAUGGCAAAAACCGCGUUUUCGCAACGAUGCAGUACAACCGGAUGUGCAGCUAAUCUAUGCUGCAGCAGAUAUGGAUAUUGUGGCACCACAGCCGCCUACUGCGGUACCGGGUGCCGAAGCGGACCUUGCAGCUCCUCAACCACACCUAUCCCACCAACUCCUAGCGGUGGUGCAGGCGGUCUAAACGCUGAUCCUCGUGAUACAAUUGAAAAUGUUGUCACACCAGCAUUUUUUAAUGGUAUCAUGAGCAAAGUCGGAAAUGGCUGCCCAGCCAAAGGGUUCUACACUCGCCAGGCUUUCAUCGCGGCCGCCCAAUCGUUCCAGGCCUAUAAAGGAACCGUCGCUAAGCGUGAGAUUGCCGCUAUGUUGGCUCAGUUUUCUCAUGAAUCUGGAAGUUUUUGCUACAAAGAAGAAAUAGCUAGAGGGAAAUACUGCUCAGCGAGCACAGCUUACCCUUGUGCACCGGGAAAGGACUACUACGGUCGUGGUCCCAUCCAAAUCACAUGGAACUACAACUAUGGUGCAGCCGGAAAGUUCCUUGGACUCCCUCUCUUGACCGAUCCAGAUAUGGUGGCUCGUAGCCCACAAGUUGCCUUUCAGUGUGCCAUGUGGUUCUGGAACCUAAAUGUUCGUCCAGUCUUGGACCAAGGCUUUGGAGCCACCACGAGAAAGAUCAAUGGUGGCGAAUGCAACGGUCGACGUCCUGCAGCGGUGCAGAGCAGAGUUAACUAUUACUUGGAGUUCUGCAGGAUGCUUGGGAUCACUCCUGGAGCAAAUCUUAGUUGUUAAAGAUGUUAAAAUGUGGUCAUAUGACACGGUUUCAUAGUAUAAGUGUGGCCGUGCACGUAUGAGUUUAUAACUAAAGGUGUCGAAUAAAAAGAUUAUGCGGUGUAUCCUAAUGUACCAAUGUGUUGUUUGUAUCGGUUGUCAUAUAAAGAAUGAAGUAUAUCAGGCAAUCCAUAAUAAACGCAUUUACGAAAAUAAAAUUUCAACCUUUUU